GCGAGCGGUAGGGAGCGCGCGUGCGCAGGCUAGGUUGGGGGGGGGAGGGGGGAGGGGGAGGGGGCGGGGCGAGGCCGAGGAAGAGCGUUCUGGGGACGGGGGCUGGUGAGGCUCACGUUGGAAGGCUUCGCGUCUGCCUCGGAGACCGUAAGGAUAUUGAUGACCAUGAAAUCCCUGCUCAGAACCCCCUUCCUGUGUGGCCUGCUCUGGGCCUUUUGUGCCCCAGGCGCCAGGGCUGAGGAGCCUGCAGCCAGCUUCUCCCAACCCGGCAGCAUGGGCCUGGAUAAGAACACAGUGCACGACCAAGAGCAUAUCAUGGAACAUCUAGAAGGUGUCAUCAACAAACCAGAGGCGGAGAUGUCACCACAAGAACUGCAGCUCCAUUACUUCAAAAUGCAUGAUUAUGAUGGCAAUAAUUUGCUUGAUGGCUUAGAACUCUCCACAGCCAUCACUCAUGUCCAUAAGGAGGAAGGGAGUGAACAGGCACCACUAAUGAGUGAAGAUGAACUGAUUAACAUAAUAGAUGGUGUUUUGAGAGAUGAUGACAAGAACAAUGAUGGAUACAUUGACUAUGCUGAAUUUGCAAAAUCACUGCAAUAGAUGUUAUUUGGCCAUCUCCUGGUUAUAUGCACAUGUGACCCGUGAAAAUGUGAUUGAACACUUUAGUAAUGCAAAAUAACUCAUUUCCAACUACUGCUGCAGCAUUUUGGUAAAAACCUGUAGCUAUUUGUUACACUGGGGUGAGAAGAGAUAAGAGAAAUGAAAGAGAAGAGAAAUGGGACAUCUAAUAGUCCCUAAGUGCUGUUAAAUACCUUAUUGGACAAGGGCUUGCUUAAAGCAUCUGUAUUAGUCUGUUUUGAUGCUGCUGAUAAAGACAUACCUGAGACUGGGAAGAAAAAGA